UAAGAUUUCUUUCGUUAUUAACAGUGAAUUCAUUUGAUUUUACUGGGUGUUUUUUUUGUGAAAGGAGUCAAAAGUUUGAAGAACAACGAACGUGUAUCUUUUGCUUAGCCUCACUCCGCAGAAAAACCGGCGCACUUCAGCUCCCUUCCUCUUCCUUCGCUACCUCCACUCCUCUCUCCACUCCCCCCCCUUCCUUCUUCGUCCACAUGGCUCUCUCCUCCCUCGCCCUCUUCCUCCUGCUGGUGCUCCUGGCGGGCGCGACGGAACCUGAGGAAGUCUCGAGGCUCACCGUCAGUGUCUCCUCCCCGCACUGCAAGCAGAUUGACAGCUCCUUCAGCUGCGACUUCAAGAAUAUAGAGGAGCCGGUGUUCCUCGACGAGCUGCCGUCCCCCAGGACCUCAAAGGUGUUCCUGCACAACGCCGGCAGCGUGACGGUGGCGGCGAAGGUGUGUAUUCACCUGGCGUUCUUCAGCGUCUCCAGCAUCACCUUCGACGGGAACAGCGAAUGCCCGCCCGACAGCAAGACCUCCCUCCGGCUGGUCGACUCAGGGGCCAACCUCGUGCCUCGCCAUGUGACCCGCCUCGACAUGGAGGACUCGUCGGCGGCGGUGCUGGAUACCGAGGCGGAGAUGGAGUCCCUGAACCUCGUGAGAUCCUCGCUGGGCGUCCUGCACGCGCCGAAGCCCUUCCGCGCCAACACCAUCAUUAAGCUCGAACACUCGACCAUCUCCUCGAUCGACGGACUCGUCUUGGAGGGCUGCCAGCUGCUUAUGAUCAACACCACCGUCGACACCAUCAAGAAGCACGGCAUCCAGCUGAGGGACUCCUCGGGCAGCAUCUGGCUCGGCUCCUUCAAGGAGACGUACGAUCAGGCUCUGCUGCUCGGGGCCAAGUCGACGCUGACGCUCAAAGGCGUCGAUGGGAAGAUCACGCUGGCCGGGUCGGAGGAGGCCUCAAGUCUCCGGCACAUCCCGACUACUACUCCACGUCCUUCUACUACAAGUCCUCCUCGAGAACCUUUGCCACCUGGUGUUCCUCCCAAGAACGUGGCGAAGGACUUGCCAGAACCUCCCUGUCCGCGCGGUUCUAGCAUAUUCUGGCUCCUUCCGACGGGCGUGGCGCUCGUGGAAGCAAUGAUCAUCAUGGUCAACUGCACCAACUGGUUCCCGGCGCUCAAAGGCGGACGCUUGCGAAGGGGCGUGGAAGAGGGCGGGCGGAGCACGAACACUCUGGAGGGCGUGGCGACUACAUACAAUCCCAUCCCUGCGUUCUACUAUAGCAAUGAGCCGACCGGGUUUUCAAGCAUGAGUAUGCGGAGCAGGCACGAUAAAGCGGCUUGAUUAUGAACAACAACAACAAUCUGACUGUAAACAACAAUGCUACUUCGUGUUCCUGAGUGUGUUGUGUUCCUAUGUAUGCUUGUGUGUGUGUGUGUGUGUGUGUGUGUGUGUGUGUGUGUGUGUGUGUGUGUAUUUGUGUAUGUGUAUGUGUAUGUGUGUUUGGGCACGUGCGCAUAUAUAUAUAUAUAUAUAUAUAUAUAUAUAUAUAUAUAUAUAUGUGUGUGUGUGUGUGUGUGUGUGUGUGUGUGUGUGUGUGUGUGUGUGUAUGUGUGUGUGUGUGUGUGUGUAUGUAUAUAUAUAUAAAUAUAUAUGUAUAUAUAUAUAUAUGUAUGUAUAUAUACACAUAUUUAUAUAUGUAUAUAUACACAUAUUUAUAUUUACGUCCGAGAAUAUGUAUAUAAUAUAUAUAUAUACACACAUACAUAUUUAUAUAUAACUAUAUAU